CCCACUUGUUAGCUACACUUGUACAUAUUUGUAGCGUCUACAGCGCUAUGCAUCAGUAUUGCCAAGGGCAAGUUCACGCUUACUCAAUACUAUUGGCACUUGUACAUACACAAGUGUGAUUCAAGGUCAUUCAUUUGUGUGAGCGCUUUCUACCUAGUAGUAGUAGUGGGCUCCAUUGCCAUUCCAAUUGCUGCGUGCUUUGGUAUCUACCAAUGUCAAGCUAGAAAACGUUGAUUACGCGAGUUUACCAGAUGGAAGGCUCAUUUGAAAAGAAGCUUAUUUCAGCUGCUACUGCAGGAAAUCUUGCAUCUCUGCGAGAUCUCAUCGAUCAAGGAGCUUACAUUGAUUGGCAGGAUGGACAGGGUGACACUGCAUUGAUUACUGCAGCAAGAGAGCGCCACAUCGAAGUUUGCAGAGAACUGCUGAGAUAUGGAGCAGACACUGCAAAGACAAAUCGAUGGGGAAGUACAGCCAUUCACGUAGCUAGUGGCUAUGGGCACAGACAGAUUGUACAGCUGUUGGCAUCCAGUGGGUCGGAUGUGAACUGGAUGGACAUUGCUGGCAACACCCCAAGUCACUGUGCUGCUUAUUGGGAACGAAUUGGUGUUCUGGAAGAUCUGUACAAUAAUGGAGCUGAUUGGUGUAUACAAAAUACAGAGGGCAAAGAUGUGCUGCAGUCUGCAGAAGCGGAGAAGAAAUUUAUGUCAGUUCAGCUGAUCAAUUCUAUACUAAGAGCAGCCAGAUCUCGAACCUCCAAGCAGCAGUUAAAAAUCGGUCACUAAAUAAACUUCUUUCUAUGGACUACUAUGACCUGUGUUUCCUUACAUGUCACAUUCUCUAAUUGUAAACAGAAAUGACAAUUAUUCUUCAAGUUGCAGAAACGUAAUGCAAAAUUAUUUGAUGUUUUG